AUGAGUAUAAAAAGCAACGUUUGUAUUGAAAAUAUUUAAGAAUUUGAUAAAUAUGAAAAAAAUUCUAUUUCAGCAAUAAAAAUUAAAAAAAACAUAAGUGCACAAGAAAUUCUUUGUUUUAUCUAAAAUAUAUCUAAGUGCUCUACUCUCAGCUAAGUUGUGCUAAGUUUAAGAGGAAAUUAUCAAGCAGGCUAUGAUAUCAAGCUUUUGUUAGAGAAUUUAACAUUUAAAAAUGUUACAUAUUUAAGUCUUGAUAUGAGCACAAGUAAAAUGGAUUAUAACUAAGCAACUUUGUUAGGAAACAAAAUAGGAACUCUAGAAAAUAUUACAUAUUUAGUGCUUUAUUUAGGCUUUAAUCAAAUAUCAAACGAAGGAGCCUUUUAAAUAGGAGAAGGAUUAGGAAAAUGCUAAAAUCUCAAAUUCCUUGUUUUUUAAGCUUUUAAUAAUAAUAUAGGUAUUAAAGGAGCUCAAGGUUUGAGUUAGGGAAUAAGAUAAUGCUAACAAUUAACUAAUCUUAAUAUGGGCAUUGAGAAUAAUCACAUGUAAAAAAGUGGUGCUGAUUACAUUUCUGAGAUGUUCGUUUCCCUUAAAUGCUUAACUCAUUUGAAUUUAAAUUUAGGAUAAAAUUUAAUAGAGUAUUAUGGAGCUAAAAGCGUGCUAAAUGAAAUAAAUAAUUGCAAACUAAUGAAGACAUUAACAAUAAAUAUGCAAUAGAAUUUAAUUUACGGUUCUGGUUUAUAAUCUUUAGGUUUUUAGAUAAAAAAUUAUUAAUAUCUAAAUCUACUUUAAAUUGAUUUAAGACUAAAUUAGAAUCAAAACCCAACUUAUUUCAAAUAAAAAGCAUGGAAAUAAACAAGACUUGUCAAAUUAAUUUUAUUUGUAUGA